AUGGGGACGCUCAUGGCCAAACUGCUCCUGCCCACCCUCAGCAGCCUGGCCUUCCUCCCCACCAUCAGCAUUGCUGCCAAGAGGCGGUUCCACAUGGAGGCCAUGGUUUAUCUCUUCACCAUGUUCUUCGUGGCGCUCUUCCACGCCUGCCACGGGCCCGGCCUGUCCGUGCUGUGCUUCGUGCGCCACGACACCCUGGAGUACUUCAGCGUCUACGGCACGGCGCUCAGCAUGUGGGUCUCGCUGAUGGCACUAGCCGAUUUUGACGAACCCAAGAGGUCAACCUUUGUAAUGUUUGGCGUCCUGACCAUUGCCGUCCGGAUCUACCACGACCGCCGGGGCUACGGGGUGUACUCGGGCCCCAUCGGCACAGCCGUCCUCAUCAUCGCGGCCAAGUGGCUGCAGCAGAUGAAGGAGCGGAAGGGCCUAUACCCCGACAAGAGUGUCUACACCCAGCAGAUAGGCCCCGGCCUCUGCUUUGGGGCCCUGGCCCUGAUGCUGCGCUUCUUCUUUGAGGAUUGGGAUUACACCUAUGUCCACAGCUUCUACCACUGCGCCCUGGCCAUGUCCUUCAUCCUGCUGCUGCCCAAGGUCAACAAGAAGGCGGGAAGCCCGGGACCCCCGGCCAAGCUGGAUUGCUCCACCCUGUGCUGUGCCUGUAUCUGACUGCACCCCCACCCUGCCUCUAGGUCCCCUCCGGCCCCAUCUGGUGCCUGGCGCACUCUCCUGUCCUCCCCCAGCCCCGAGUGUCCAGAAGAAACUCUGUCCUAAUUUUCUGAAGGUCCCAGGGACUCGGGAAGCACCUCUUUGCCAAGGGCUUCCUGAAAACCCACUUACUAAGUUUCUAUUGGGUGCUAAGCACCAUGCUGGGGAAAAAAGAAGUGUCCCCCUGCUCCUAGGCUCGGGCAUGGCUGACCGUGUGCGGGAGCCUGGAGCCGCCUGGGCUCUCCACCUCCCGUCCCUCUUCCCCCAGGAGGCCCAGCGCCGUCCCAGCCGCAGAGCGGUUCUGCCCAUCGCAGGGUCUCGGGUCCUCCCCACGCCAUCUGUUUGCUCCAGGAAACUGGUGUCACCACUUCUGUCCUAUGUCCCCGGGUUCUGAGCAUGCCCAUUUAGGCAGCCGGGGCCAGCUGGGUGAUCACCCUGGGCCAGUUCUGUCCUGGCCUCAGCCUGCCUGCCCCAUGGCCAUCCCUCCAGCUGGGUCCCUAAAUCAAGUGUUUUGAUGACAAUAA